AUGGUUCCUCCAGUUUUGCUCACUGUCAAUUUCCAGCAUUUAGGAAGCUCCAACUUCCAUCACGAGUCGUUGGCCCUGAAUCUGUUGCUUUCGAUAAAAAAAAAAAAAGGCGAUGGACCUUACACUGCUGUUGCAGAUGGCAGAAUAGUCAAAUAUGAAGGUCCAAUAAUUGGAUUCACUGAUUUUGCUAUAACAUCACCAAAUAGCAAAACUGGUGACCUCUACACAGUUGAUGCAUAUUAUGGAAUUUUGGUGGUUGGACCAACUGGAGGACUUGCUACCCAACUUGUUACUAGCUUUGAGGGUACUCGUUUUGGCUUUCUCGAUGCACUAAACAUUGACAAAAAAACCGGAGUCAUUUAUUUUGUAGAUGCAGCCUGCAGGAGCAAUAUUCCGGAUUGGAACAUAUUGCUCAAAGAAUUCGAAGGUUUUGGCCCAAAGGUCCAAAAGCAAAUUCAUCCGAUGUUUUCAGAAAGGUAUAAAGAAAUUCCAGAUAACAUAAGGACUGUGUUGGGGGACUUUUGGGUGGCUAUUGCCAACACGAAACAAAAUAUCACAUAUUCGAUAGGACAAAGGAUCAAUCAGUUGGGAAAGGUUGUGGAAACGCGUAAUUUCACAGCUCAAUAUAAUGAUACUCCGCUUGGGAUUACUUUAGUUAAAGAAUAUAAAGGCAAGCUUUAUGUUGGGUCUUUAGACCAGAACUUCAUUGGUGUUUACAGAGCAACUUUGCCGGAGUUUACACAGUUUGAUCUCUUCCGUUUUUCAAUAAUAAGCUAUUUUAGGGUACUACCUACAACAAAUAAAAAUGCUGCAGAUACAACUUAUCAUCUGUACUAUCUGCAUAGUAAUCUUGAACUUACAAAAGUAAUUUCUUACUAA